AAAAUGGCCGAAGAAGAGAAGACUUCCCCUCCCCCGCCUACCUGAAUAAUCGCAUUAAAUUAUGGCGGACAGUUUUGUCUACAGAAAAAAAAUGACUAAGGUGUAGUCGUGGACAAUGACAACCGACCAUCCGACUUUAUUCGCCAAAGUAAAGUAGUGAAACCAGUGUCCACCAUCACUUUCAAUGUUCUCUCUGUCGGCUGGGUGAGUUUACUAUUUCAAUGGCUGGACGAUUCAAACUACUUGCUUUUCUCUGGCUAGCCAUAGUCAUCCUUGAUCCUGAUGGCCUCACCGCAACAGCGCUAGCUAGCACAAGCACAGCGGUUCCAACUACAACUCCUAAUGAUGAGUCUACAACCACCAAGGUGACAACCACACCUGAUAGCUCAACACCUACAACCUCAUCAUCAACAACCACAGGAGAGAUUUCUACAUCAACAGCAGCUGCCACAAUCACCAGUGGUGUCACCACAACUGUGGGCACUAGCACAGGCACAGAGGUUUCAACUACAACUCCUAAUGGUGUGUCUACAACCACCCAGGUGACAACAACACCUGAUAGCUCAACACCUACAAAUCCAUCAUCAACAACCACAGGAGAGAUUUCUACAUCAACAGCAGCUGCCACAAUCAGCAGUGGUGUCACCACAACUGUGGGCACUGGCACAGGCACACAGGUUCCAACUACAACUCCUAAUGGUGUGUCUACAACCACCCAGGUGACAACAACACCUGAUAGCUCAACACCUACAAAUCCAUCAUCAACACCCACAGGAGGGAUUUCUACAACAACAGCACCUGCCACAAUCACCAGUGGUGUCACCAGAACUGUGGGCACUGGCACAGGCACACAGGUUCCAACGACAACUCCUAAUGGUGUGUCUACACCCACCCAAAUGACAACAACACCUGAUAGGUCAACACCUACAAAUCCAUCAUCACCACCCACAGGAGGGAUUUCUACAACAACAGCACCUGCCACAAUCACCAGUGGUGUCACCACAACUGCGGGCGCUAGCACAGGCACACAGGUUCCAACUACAACUCCUAAUGGUGAGUCUACACCCCCCCAGGUGAUAACAACACCUGAUAGCUCAACACCUACAAAUCCAUCAUCACCACCCACAGGAGGGAUUUCUACAUCAACAGCACCUGCCAUAACCACCAGUGGUGUCACCACAACUGCGGGCGCUAGCACAGGCACACAGGUUCCAACGACAACUCCUAAUGGUGUGUCUACAACCACCCACGCGACAACAACACCUGAUCGCUCAACGCCUACAAAUCCAUCAUCACCACCCACAGGAGGGAUUUCUACAUCAACAGCGCCUGCCACAACCACCAAGGGUGUCACCACAACUGCGGGCGCUAGCACAGGCACACAGGCUCCAACUACAACUCCUAGUGGUGAGUCUACCACCACCCAGGUGACAACACCUGAUAGCUCAACCCCUACAAAUCCAUCAUCACCACCCACAGGAGGGAUUUCAACUACAACUCCUAAUGGUGAGGCUACCACCACCCAGGUGACAACACCUGCUAGCUCACCACCUACAAAUCCAUCAUCAACACCCACAGGAGGGAUUUCUACAACAACAGCACCUGCCAUAACCACCAGUGGUGUCACCAGAACUGUGGGCACUGGCACAGGCACACAGGCUCCAACUACAACUCCUAAUGGUGUGUCUACCACCACCCAGGUGACAACACCUGCUAGCUCACCACCUACAAAUCCAUCAUCAACAACCACAGGAGAGAUUUCUACAUCAACAGCAGCUGCCGUAACCAGCAGUGGUGUCACCACAACUGCGGGCGCUAGCACAGGCACACAGGCUCCAACUACAACUCCUAGUGGUGAGUCUACCACCACCCAGGUGACAACACCUGCUAGCUCACCACCUACAAAUCCAUCAUCACCACCCACAGGAGGGAUUUCAACUACAACUCCUAAUGGUGAGGCUACCACCACCCAGGUGACAACAACACCUGAUAGCUCAACCCCUACAAAUCCAUCAUCACCACCCACAGGAGGGAUUUCAACUACAACUCCUAAUGGUGAGUCUACCACCACCCAGGUGACAACAACACCUGAUCGCUCAACGCCUACAAAUCCAUCAUCAACAACCACAGAAGAGAUUGCUACACCAACAGCCCCUGCCACAAUCAGCAGUGGUGUCACCACAACUGUGAGCGCUAGCACAGGCACACAGGCUCCAACUACAACUCCUAGUGGUGAGUCUACCACCACCCAGGUGACAACACCUGAUAGCUCGACACCUACAAAUCCAUCAUCAACACCCACAGGAGGGAUUUCUACAUCAACAGCGCCUGCCACAACCAUCAGUGGUGUCACCACAACUGUAGGCACUGGCACAGGCACACAGGCUCCAACUACAACUCCUAGUGGUGAGUCUACCACCACCCAGGUGACAACAACACCUGAUAGCUCAACGCCUCCAACUACAACUCCUAAUGGUGAGGCUACCACCACCCAGGUGACAACACCUGCUAGCUCACCACCUACAAAUCCAUCAUCACCACCCACAGGAGGGAUUUCAACUACAACUCCUAAUGGUGAGUCUACCACCACCCAGGUGACAACACCUGAUAGCUCAACACCUACAAAUCCAUCAUCAACAACCACAGGAGGGGUUUCUACAUCAACAGCAGCUGCCAUAACCAGCAGUGGUGUCACCACAACUGUGGGCGCUAGCACAAGCACAGGGGUUCCAACUACAACUCCUAAUGGUGUGUCUACACCCACCCAAAUGACAACAACACCUGAUGGCCUUGCAACAACAACUCCAUUAUCAACAACCACAGCUCUUCAAACAUCAACAGCAGCUGCCACAACUACAACACAGGCACCUAGUCCAACAACCACCCAACUGGUCACCACUACACCAAUACCAGGUAUAUGCGAAUCCAGUCCCUGUGGUCAAGGGAGCACCUGUGAAGACCGUGGUGGACGAAACUUUGUUUGCUUGUGCUUGGCCGGAGAUACCUACAAUUAUGAGAGAAAACGCUGCGAGAGUGCCUUAGUUUUCCCUGGAAAUCUUGAAAUUCGUAAUGUAGACUAUUCACCGGCCAUGGAAAACCCGACUUCACCAGAAUUUAAAGAGGCUGCAAAAAAUAUUACAGAAGGGCUGAUUCCAACUUUCAAUUCCACAGAAGGAUUUACUAACCUUACAGUAACUAAAAUCAGCCAGUUAAGUGGAGGUUCCACACUAGCUGUUAAGGCAGGGGAUGGAAUCAAUGCAACUAUACAGAUCUUCUACGAUACUAACACGGCUAUCACAUCAGAAGAUAUUGACAGUACGUUUAAAAAGGCCACUACCUGCGAAAACUGUUUUUUGUCCGAAGCAACGUUCAAAAAAAGGGAGUUGUGUGACGAAAACCCAUGUGAUGUCAAGACAACAGAAUGUGGCUCCGGAAAUGGAACUUUCACCUGCAAAUGUCAAAAAGGUUUUAUUAAGACGGACAAGACUGACAGAAUGUGCAUUGCUUGUGAAAAUGGAUAUUUUGCAUCCGAUGAGGUCACAUGCGAAAAAUGCUCCUUCGGUUACACUGGCGUUAACUGCACUGAUUACUGGCAGCUGGCUCUAGUGAUUGCUGGGAGUAUAUUGGGGGUGAUGCUGGCCACUGUUCUCGUCCUGCUCCUUUUGUCAGCCAGAUCCUCAAAGGACUUAAAGAAGGAGAAUAAAACACUUGGGAACCUUUAUUCCAAAAAUCCGUUUCGUUCGCUGGUCUUCAGUAACGGCGGUUUGACUGACGUCGAGGAAACAUCUUUCAACGGUGUAACAAUUGACAAAGAGGGAAAGACAAAAAUCCCUCGGGCAGUUUUUAACAGCAACACCAACUACCCUAGCUCUUAUCUCUUCUGCAACAUCAGAAGCAACAGGAACAACCGAAGCUUCUGCAACAGCACCUGCACCAACAACCGAAGCUCCUGCAACAACACCUGCACCAACAACCAAAGCUUCUGCAACAACACCCGCACUAACAACCAACAUUUCUGGACCAACAACCAAUGCUUCUGCAACAACACCCGCACUAACAACCAACGUUUCUGGACCAACAGCCAACGUUUCUACAGAAAUACCCACAACACCGUUACCUACAACAACACCAACACCAGGUUCAUUUCUGAUUCUAUUUUUUCAUUUUCUUUUUUAACUUCAGCCAAGGUUUUCCCUGGGAGUCUGAUGGUGCCUGGUUUACAGUAUGUGGAUGCAAUGAAAAAUAUUGCUUCAACAGAAUUUGCAAGAGCAUCAAAAAACAUUACAGAUGACCUUGGACCAAGUCUUAACACGACCCGCACACUUAUUAACAUAAGAGUGGUCAAACUCUUGCCAGGUGCAAGUCGCCAGGCUGAAGGACUGACGGCAGAUAUAGAGAUUGUCUACAGCGCCACAUCUACCGUCACACAAGAAGGUGUUACAGGGUUUAUGAAAAAAAUAGACUGUAACGGCUGCCCUCUGGAAAUUUCAGUAUUCACAGAGGGAAACCUGUGUGACAUGAAUGAUCACUGUGAUUUGGAAACUACUAACUGCACACCUGGGGAAGGCACAUUCACCUGUGAAUGUAAAGAACAUCUUAUAAAGUCAAACUUCUCUGAGAGAAUGUGCAUUGUUUGUAAGAGUGGACAAUACUCGAAAGAUAACAUCGAGUGCGUCAACUGCCCCUUCGGUUCCACUGGUGUAAGCUGCACUGAAAAAUGGCAGCUGGCUCUAGUCAUUGUUGCAUCUGUGCUGGGUGCCCUGCUGGUCAUAAUGCUCAUCAUUCUGUUGGUGACUUCCAGAUCUGCCAAGAAAAAAUCAAAGGCGAGUAAAAAUGUAGACAUUGGGAAGCCAUAUGUCAGUCACUCUCCUGCCAAGUCACCAUUGGUAUUCAGCAACGGCAACGCUUCGCUUGGAACAACUGCAGUGCCAGAAAUUCCACGAGCCACAGUCCAGAGCAGCUGGAACGCCAGGGACAACUAUGAGAUGUCUCCAAGGAACGGCCGGCAAAACGGUGACAGGAACAUGCGGUACCCUUAUGAUGACCACCGUGACACUGACUUAUACGAGUUUCGACCAAAAAGCGGCCCACGUGAUCAGACCAGACCACAGCACAAUCCCUAUGAACCUAAUCGUCCUAAGAUGAACCCAUAUGAUGACAAGCGCGGCAGCAAUCCUUAUGACAACAGAGGAUACAACUAAUGAAGCACAUCGAGGGCUCAUCUACUACACUUCCUUUCCCAUGAAUAACACUAGACAAAUCCAAAUCAUUUUAGACAGACAAAUCACCAGCCUUCAUCUGUGAAUGUAAUGUUUUUGUUUUUUUUGGUGAAAUAGCAUGUUUGUGUGACACUUUGUGUUUGUUUUGUUUUGAUAAAUACCCUGAGUUCUUCAUACAGCUCUGAGCCAGCCUAUUGGUGUGAAAAAUUUCCCUUUUUGUUUCACUGCAACUGUAUUAUGCAAAAAAAACCAAGAGGAACUUUCUCAUUUACAUUAAUUUUUUCACCAAAUUUUUAGGUUUAGGUUAAAUGCAUUUACAGUAAAUAACAUUUGUGUGUGUGUGUGUGUGUGUGUGUUUACAAUGUUUUACUUAGUGACUCCAACAAAACAUCACUGUUCUUCUUAUUGAGAGUAUAUCCAAAAGUUCAAUUUUUUCAGUAAAUAAAACCACCACUAAAUAAAACUGCUGAGACUACCUUUACUAUUAAAUCUUGAUCAACCAUGGUAGCUGCGUUUGUUUUAUUUAAGUUAGUGUUUUGCCUUCAAAGAUAAAUAAAUAGAAAAAAGAACAAACCUUGAAAGGAAACCAGUACACUCAUUGUUUUUAUUUAAUAUUUUUUACAAAUAAAAAUGUGUUUGAUUGAUCUUAAAAGACCGGCUGCAGGCUACUUUAUAUACAUAUUGUGCAUAAACCUUUAGGUAGUUGCAGCUCCGAGUGUUUGAGGUCAUCAACUAAAAUUGUCAAUUUUCCAAUGAUUUAGAAAUGUCUUGGUAUGUAGUGAAAGUCAUUUGUUUAAUAAAAAAAACUGUCCUAACAACAACAAAAAA